AUGCCAACUGAUGUUAUACUCUUGCAGUAUCUUACAAUAUCAGUUUUACUUCUCCUUCCAAGAGUAAAUAAAUCCCCCACACAAACAACCAUGAGUUUUGAUGAAAUCGACAAGACAUUUGGAACCAAGAACCGCGAUCAGGGAUACGACAUGCUCAAAGCGCGUCUCGACAAAGGAGAUCGUUCUGUUGAGGUUCUCUGGAGACUGGCUCAAGUGAUCCAUGAAAGAUCAGCUUGCAUGCCAAAAGCUCAAAGAAAAGCGGCCAUCAACGAUGGAUUGAAGUUUUCGGAAGAAGCUGUUCAGAAGGAUUCAAAUCACUUCAAGGCAUUGAAAUGGAAUGCAGUUCUCAUUGGACAAGCCACCGAGUACAUGCCGACAAAGGAGAAAUUGGAGUGCAGUAAGAAGUUCAAGGAACUUCUGGAUAAGUCACUAGCUAAGGAACCAAAGGAUACUGCUCUGCUUCAUCUUCGUGGUCGUUACAAGUUUUCCGUUGCCUCGUUGACAUGGCUUGAGAAGAAGCUGGCUUCCACCUUCUACCAACAACCACCAUCUCAUUCCUACGAAGAAGCCAAUGAAGACUUUUUGGCAGCCUACAAAGUGAAUCCAAAGUGGAUGGAGAAUCUCUUCUUUAUUGCAAAGUGCUAUGUAGCUCUCAAGGAUAAGAACAAUGCUCGCAAAUAUCUCACUGAGCUUUGCGACAUUGAACCAUAUUCUGAUGCCGAACAGGAAUUCCUCGAUGACGCCAAGGCAAUGCUUUCGAAGCUCUAA